GAUUUUAAAAGUUAGAAAGUACGAUUCAAAAAGUGGAGGAACAUUUUCUCCAAAAUUUUUUGAGGUGGAAAGAAAAUUGUGGUUCACAUAUAUCUAACUUUAGUGUCGAGUAAUAAAGUUUUAUGCCCUCAAGUCUCUCGAUCUCCUUUAAAUGCAGUUUAUCAUGAAUAUUUUUCAUUCUUCAUCUUCGAUCGUUCUUCUAUAGAGAGAUCUCUCCAGAGAAAGCUUUGGAAGAAAAUGGAGAGGGAAAUUCAUAUACUUGUAAUUCCUUACCCCGUACAAGGACACAUAAAUCCAAUGCUCCAAUUCUCCAAGCGUCUCGCCUCAAAGGGUCCCCGAGUGACGGUAAUCACAACCACCUCCAUUAGCAGGUCCAUGGCAGCCAUGCAAGAGAGCUCUGUAGUCAACUUUGAGACCAUCUCCGAUGGGUCUGACGAAGGCGUAAAUUUGGCAAGCAUAGAUGAAGAGCUCGAGCGCUUCAAAUUAUUUGUCACGCAAAGCUUAGCAGAGCUGAUUGAGAGCCAAAAUAGCUCCCAACACCCUCCAAAAUUUCUCGUCUAUGACUCGGUCCUGCCAUGGGCUCUAGACGUAGCCAGGCAACUUGGCGUAGAUGGAGCUCCUUUUUUCACUCAGUCAUGUGCGGUGAAUGCGAUAUAUUAUCAUGCUCACAAAGGGGCAGUUGGGAUGCCUGCAGAAGGGCCUUGGGUGUCAUUGCCCUCUUUGCCAUCGCUAGGGCUCGAUGAUAUGCCUUCGUUUCUUUGUGAUACAACCUCCUACCAAGCUCUGCUAAAUCUCGUCGUGAAUCAAUUCUCAAACUUCCAGAAAGCUAAUUGGGUCUUUUUCAACAAUUUCGACAAGUUGGAAGAUGAGAAAGAGAUCGAGAAGCAUCGGAAGAAAAUGGAGGGGGAAAAUCAUAUCCUAGUAAUUCCAUUCCCCGUACAAGGUCACAUAAACCCAAUGCUACAAUUCUCCAAGCGCCUAGCCUCUAAGGGUGCAAGAGUGACAUUAGUCACUCUCAGCUCCAUUAGCAACUCCAUGGGAGCCCUGCAAGCCAGCUCUGUCAACUUUGAGACCAUCUCUGAUGGGGUUGAGGAAGGCAAAAAGUUGGAAAGCAUGGAAGCACGCGCCAAGGAUUUCCUAUUAGUGGUCUCACAAAGCUUAGCAGAGUUGAUUGAGAGACAAAAUGUCUCCAAACACCCUCCAAAACUCCUCGUCUAUGACUCAUUUAUGCCCUGGGCAGUAAACGUAGCCAAACAAUUUGGCCUUGAUGGAGCUGCUUUUUUCACUCAGUCGUGCGGGGUUAAUGCAAUAUAUUAUCAUGCUCAUCAGGGAGCAAUUCGGAUGCCCUUAGAAGGGUCUCCCGCACCAUUGCCCUCGAUGCCACCGCUAGGGAUCAAUGAUAUGCCUUCGUUUCUUUGUGAUACAGCCUCGUACCCUGCCUUUCUACACCUCGUAUUGAAUCAAUUCUCAAAUUUUGAGGAAGCGAAGUGGCUCUUGUACAAUACUUUCGAAAGUUUGGAAGACGAGGUAGUGAAUUGGAUGGCAAGUCAAUGGCCAGUUAAAACAAUUGGACCGGCUAUUCCAUCAAUGUACUUAGACAAGCGUUUGGAGGAUGACAAGGAGUAUGGUCUCAACCUCUUCAAGCCUAAUGUGGACGCUUGCAUGAAGUGGCUAGACACGAAGGAAAUUGGCUCAGUCGUCUAUGCAUCAUUUGGAAGCUUGGCAACCUUGGGAGAAGAGCAGAUGGAGGAGCUAGCAUUGGGCCUCAAGAAUAGCAAUUGCUACUUCCUUUGGGUAGUUAGAGAAUCCGAAGAGAAAAAGCUACCUGUUAAUUUUCUACAGGAAACAGCAGAGAAGGGUUUGGUUGUGACUUGGUGUCCUCAACUAGACGUGUUGGCUCACAAGGCAAUUGGGUGCUUCAUGACUCACUGUGGGUGGAACUCGACACUUGAGGCAUUGAGCUUGGGAGUGCCAAUGGUUGUGAUGCCACAAUGGACGGAUCAACCAACUAAUGCCAAAUUCAUUGUGGAUGUUUGGAAGGUAGGGAUCAGGAUCCAACUCGAUGAAAAAGGCAUUGCGAACAAAGAAGAAAUAGCAUUGCGUAUAAGGGAAGUAAUGGAGGGGGAGAGAGGGAAAGAGAUAAAAAAUAAUUCAAUAAGAUGGAAGAAAUUGGCUAUUGAAGCUGUAGACGAAGGUGGAAGCUCAGAUAAAAACAUAGAGGAGUUUGUGGCUAAACUUGCAUAAUCCUAAUGUUAAUGUAAGCGGUUGCAUGCGCUAAAUCCCAAUAAUAAUCUAGAAAAUGUAUGAUUUUAAUAUUAAUAUCUUUUUGAUGCGCACGGCCUGAUGUUAAUGUAAGCACUAGCUCUAUGUUUGAAUAAUGAUCAAGAAAAUUUAUGAUUUUACUAUUAA